ACGUCUUCGUGAAAGGGUCCAGAUGAUUUCCACGUUGUGUUUGGUGAGCUGCCUCACAUGGCUUCCAGGCCUGCUGGAGGCCAAAUCCUUGCUGAGUUCCAUCAAGCAGGAAGGGAUGGUUCCUGUCAGUGAUGUCAGCAUCAGUUCAGAGAAGGCCAACCACUUCCUGACUCACUCCAGGCCCAAGAGGAACGUGGAACCCCGAUGGUACCGGGGAAACCCGGACUUCCAGGCUUACUACCGCUACUACAGCAGCAUUGGACACACGGAGGGGCUGUAUGAGAUCGACAAGCUGAGGAUGCUGUACCAGCAGAUGAGGUACUUGGAAAACACUUACGGCCCCAACGCCUCCUACUUCCAGAGCAAACUGGGGGUCCCGCAGAUCAUGUGCGACCCGACCACCGACAAGAAGUGCAAAGUGGUCGUCCCUCCUCCCCCCAUGAAGGGUGUCCCCAAGGCCACAGAUCCGCCCGCCACCCUCCCACCUCCUCUCCCCCGCGCCCCCGCCAUCUCCCAGGCGGAUGUUCUAUACCUGUGCAACAGCAAGGACCCCCUGUGCAAGCCCCACAUAGUCUACCUACCCGCCGGCGCCGUGCCGGUCCUCUGCGACCCCCGCUACCACCCCCACUGCACUCCCCAGAAGGCCCCUCCUGCCCCGGCCGCAGCACCCCAGCCGCCACCCCCUCCGCCAAAGAAGUCAGCCCCUCCUCCACCGAUCCUUGUCAAGAAGUCUCUCCCACCGGCCCCCAUCCGCUCUUUCAAGGGCAUGGAGUACGACUGCGACCCCUACUGGGACCCCGACUGCCUCAUUGACCACCCACCCAGGCCCGUGAAGGGGAAGGUCGUGGGACCCCCCCCACCACCACCCCCUCCUGUGGAGGAAGAGGAGGAGGAACCUGUGGAGGAGCCAGCACCCCCUCCUCCUCCCAUGCUGAAAAAAGUCCUCCCCUUCCCCUACUACCACCACCCUAUGCCCUACGAUCCCCGGGAUGACCUGUACGACCCGAGCCGCUUCCAGUACCCUCAACCGGAAGCACCUGCUGACGAACCCGCGGACGAGACCCAGUAGGACCAUGUUUCAAAUCAGUCGGACUCUGAUUGAACACGUUGCACAAAGAUGCCUUUGAACGCACCCUCACGUGAAGCAGCAGUACCAUAACCCAGGGGUGAGCAACCUACGGUAUGGGGCCAAAUACGACACCUGAGAGCCUUUUUUAUGGCCCGUCAUGCAGUAAUAAACCACCACAUCAUAUAUUUUUCAUA